AUGCCGGCUUCACGAUCAACAGCGCAGCCGCGCUCAUACAGCCACCCCUACGACACUGCGUCCUCCACCGGACAGGGAUCCUCCUACUACCAGCAUCGUUGGACCGCUCCACCCGCGUCGUUCAACCUCAACAUGCUCCAAACCGACCCGCUCCCCCCGCUCCCCGUAGUGGUGGAAGGCGUCCUGCCGAGCUACAACCAAUUCUCGAGCCUCCGCGGCAUCAAGUCCCUCCUCGGCGGCUACCCGUGCGAGCCUGACUCGCGCACCAACCCCCACCGCGAGGUGGCCGACGUGCCCAACGUGCACUGGAAGUACCUCGCCGAGACGCCUACCCAGCCCUUCGAAGAGUAUUGGUACUGGAUCCGCCCUCUGGCCCUCGACGCGCAGGGGAAGGAGAUCAUUGCCUCCGAGCUCCUGCUGGACAAGCUCUUGGAGAUGACCGAAGAGAUGGCGAACAACCCCGGCAAUGACGGCCUGUGUCGCCCAGACGGCAUGCGCCUCAAGACGCUCAAGACGUUCAAGAACGCGCUCGCACCCAAGGUCAAGGGCCUCAACGCCAUCUCCUGCGCCCAACUCGUCGCGACCGCCUGCGCGCUGUGGAUCGUCCACCCUAACGCGGUCAACGAGCGCGGUAACCCCGUCCCGCCUGUCCAGCCGCAGCUCAUGCCCGACGGCUCGGCGUGCAGCCGGACCAAGGACAUCCCGCGGCGCGUCGCAUUCGAGGUCGUCCAGCGUAUCGCUCCGGACAUCGUGAUCCCGCGGCACCUUUGCACCAACUGCACGGCCAAGGGCAAGUCGUCGUGCUACGUCGUCACGACUAUCCACCUCACCAAGUGCUUCGCGUGCAAGAACUGCUCGCACCAUGUCCCCCGGACGUAA